GUUGACAAUUCCAUAUUUUAGUUCAGUUUUAUUAUUUUUAUUUUUAUUUACGUAUUUAUCGUUUAUACCGCGAAGCAUGUCCAAAUUGUUAGUCCUAGUUCCGACUCUGAUAAGCGGUGGUUCCCCGCUUCAAAGUCGCGGCAUUAAGUACUCCCUAGGUGUGGUGCAUGUGCCCAGAACAAACUUCUCUCCAGAACUUCAGCACACUUUUCGGUCGGAGCACAGCUUUAAGGGCAUCAAAAAGCUUUCCAAGUAUGUUAAAAGCCACAGCAGGUGGCACAACAUCCACGAUCAAAGCAAGCGCGUUUAUUUCAACUAUUUACUAUUGGAUCCACGCAUAACAAAUGGACUGAAGCAACGUGCCAGGAGAAUGCACCGUCUGGAUGUGUGGUUAACCUUUCUACGUUCCAUUUUCUAUGUUGGCAAGGGGAAAUCCUCACGUCCAUAUGUGCACUUGCGUGAAGCUCAGAAGCUGCUGCAAUCGGCAAAUCCUCAUGUGUUGGCCAAGGAUCCCAAACUAGCACUUAUUGUGCAUCUGUGGCAACAUAAACGCGGUGUCCUAUUGCUGCGUGGCUUCCAUGGCAUAACAUCGAAUGAUGCGCACAGCCGUGAGGCGGCAAUGAUCGAUGCUUUGGGAAUGAAUCACUUGACCAAUAGACGAGUGGGCGUCUACUUUGGUCUGGCCCGCAACAAAUUCUCAAGCGAGCAGCGUAAGCACUUGGGAAUAGCAUUACUCCAUAUGCUGUUGUCGGUCUAUAUGAACAAGGCGGAACGUGAACUGCAACCUGCUCAAGUCCCUGAAUCUGUUCAGAGUUAAUCUCUACCUUUGGAUCUCGACAAUCAAAUUUAUAACUGUUGCAAAUUAGGAAUUCCAAUGAGCUAUAAUUAAAAUGUUUAUUGUGAAAUCGCCUAGUACAAUCAGAAUAAUUAAUACUUUAUUUACUACA